AUGCCCACUGAAAGGUUGAAAGUGGAGAUCGCAGCUCACACUUAUUUUUACUACUUGUUCUUGAAGAACAAGGUAAAGCAAGAGAGAGAGCAAAUCCAGUCUGAGUGCGAGAAGCUGCGUCACUUUGUGAGCGAGGAGGAGCAGCGGCUUCUGCAGAGACUGGAGGAGGAGGAGAGGGAGACUCUGUGGAGCCUGGAGGCGAACGUAGCCCAACUCUCCCGGCAAAGCUCCUCUCUGCGCACGCUGAUCUCGGAGAUAGAGAAGAGCCGGCAGACACCUGCUGAGCUGCUGAAGGAACACCUCCCUGGAAGAGCUGGGCUGAGCGAUGAUGGGGGAUAUGUUCCACUUAGGAGCAAGGAUGUGAAGCUUGAGGAAGCAAAAGCUGUUUCCACAGAGCUGAAGACCCCGUGCAGCGUCCCAGGGAUGAUGGAAAUGCUAAGGAAAUUCAGAGGGGACGUGACUCUGGACCCAGACACGGCUCAUCCCAAACUCGUCCUGUCUGAGGAUCGGAAAUGUGUGAGACUCGGAGACACCCGACAGGAUCUGCCUGACACCCCCGAAAGAUUUGAUCCUUGUCCCUGUGUCCUGGGCUCGGAGGGGAUCACGGGCGGGAGGCGCUACUGGGAGGUGGAGGUGGGAGACAAGACAGAGUGGUACGUGGGCGUGUGCAGGGAGUCUGUGCGCAGGAAGGGGGAUGUCACACUGUCACCUGGCCAUGGAUACUGGGUCGUGUGGCUGGAAGAUGGAGGACACAAGCCCUGCACCUCCCCCUGGACCCCCCUCCCCGUGCGCGUGCGGCCUAGGCGGGUGGGGGUUUUCCUGGACUACGAGGGGGGCGAGGUCUCAUUUUACAACGUGACCGACAGGUCCCAUCUCUUCACUUUCACUGACACCUUCUCCGGGACCCUGCGUCCUUUCUUCAGUCCUGGUCUCAAUGCUGGGGGCACCAACGCGGCUCCCCUGACCCUGUGCUCAGUCCCAGCCCAGCCCUGAGGGAAUCCCUGUCCCUGCCAUGACCCACGGGGGGCACAGACUGUCCCCUCCCCGUGCCCCGACUGCCACCCCUCGGUGCCCCCAGGGUGGGGGGCAGGCUGUGGGGUCAGGGCUGGGGUCUCCAACACAGGAGCUGCUCCAGCCUGGACCCUGGUGCUGCCCAGGCCCAGGUGUCAUCUCCCAAUCCCCACAUGCAGGGGCGAUGCUUAGGGGCUGCACACAGGUGCACGUGCACCCCCUGAGCAUUGCAGUGCACUCCCUGCAAAAAGGUGCCGCCGACACUGUUAGCAGUUUCUGCAGGCAGUCCAUGAUCAGCCCUGGCCGCCACUGAUGCUGCUGGCGAUGCCUGUGGGUCUUCACUCACCCCUGGCCAGCACUCACCACCCCCACCCCCACCCUUGCUGCCAACAGUGCCGACAGCUUCUUUGGGAGCUCCCCACUGACCACCACUGGGGUGCAGCAGCCGCCGUUGGGGCCGUGCUCUCCCCAGCCACUGGGGGCAGGUGCCAUUCAUGCCCACACGCAUAGCACCCCCCUGGGAGGGACUGUCUCCAAACUCUCAUCCUUCACUAACAUCACUACAGUCACUCUGGGGUUUUUAUUUUGUUAAUUUGUUUGCCUCUCUCAGCACUGUUUCCCUUCCCUCCUGACCCCAUCCUCUCCCC